AUGUCCGUCCUCCCGCCCGCGCGACCUCUUCGCCUGACGACCGUGCUUCGCUACCUGCGCGCCCAGCCGUGGGGCGAUCUCACCGCCCUGUCGUCGCCCACAACCGUCCGCCACACGACCUGGGUCGUACUGCGACUGUUGGUUGUGCUGCUCACCACUCUGGCGGCGUGUCACCAUCACGAGCACACGCAAGCCCUGGACCGCCUGAAGAAGGCCCUGCGCGAGAAGAACGCGACCAAUCGACAGCUGCUGCGCGCCACGCAGGCCAAGUCCGAUUUCCUCGCCAACAUGUCCCACGAGCUGCGAACGCCGAUGCAUGGCAUCACGGCGAUGAGCCGGGAGCUCCAGGACUCGCUACUCCCCUCGACCAAAGCCAGCCGGGCUGUGACCAUCAUCGCCGACUGCGCGGAGCACCUGCUUGCGCUGGUGAGCGACAUUCUGGACUUUGAGCGGAUCGAAUCGAACCAGCUGCAGCUCGAGACCAUCCCCUUUUCGAUCGUCGACGAAGCCCAAAAGGCCGCCAGCCUGCUCCAAAUCACCGCUGAUAAGAACACCCUUUCCUCCCUCGAUGAAGGAGUCGUUAACGACUCAGGGGCUCUCGAAGGUCAGAAAGUCGACCAGGCCCAGCUUGAAGCUGUUGACGGCCGCCUCGUCCGAAGAACCGUCGCCCUCAACACGGCCCCAGUGGCGGCGAGCCUGCCCAACACGCCCAUCGGCCUCGUGCUCCCGUCGUUGGCCAGGUUCGGCCUGGGGUCCGUCUUCGCGUGGGCGCUCGCCAACUUGAGCGCCAACUUCGCCGCGCAGCUGAGCGCCUCCGGAGGUCGGCUGGCGGAUCUCCCGCACGUCCAGGCCACCGCCGUUGUCGCUUCCAACUACACCGCCGCCGCCAGCCUUGUGAGUGGGUCGGUGGGAAGUAUGACAUUCCUCACCUGGGCGCAGGCCAAGAGCUCCAGGCUCGCCUACGCCUCGAUGAACAACCGGGCCGGGAAGAAAGUGGCGGUGUCGACGGCUUCAGUGCAAGCGGCGAUGUUCGACUUCUGGGCGACCUUCAACGAAGGCCAGCUGGCGAUGGACAUCUUCAACGGCGACGGACGCCAAUUCGUGGCCGCUUGCCUACCUCCAGUUCGUGGUGCUGCACAAGAGCGUCACCACCCUCCAAUGCUCAUCGACCCAGGGCCUGCUGCUCUUCUUCAGCGGCAGCAAAUCGACUUCGCUCCGAUUGGCCGUGGAAGUUCCCUUGUCCGGACUAACUGGAGUUCUACCAAGUUCGAAGAAACGCCCAACGUCGCGACGGCAAACAACCACGUCCAACCGGCAUAA